AUGCUUUAUCUUGAAGACUAUUUAGAACGUACGUAUUUUUAUCCGACAAUAGAGGUUGAAAUAUACGCUACAAAUUAAUUUAAAUGCGUUUAAGACUUACAAUAACGUCUACGUUUCAUUUCGUUUGAAUUUAUUAAAACACCACACGUAUACGUCAUAAACCGCAAAAUUCUACUUUCACUUUUCGUUUUCAACCUGUUUCGGCCUUAUUAAAAAAAUAAAUACUGCUUAUGUUUGUUGACUAAUUUUUGGUUUUGCUUGAGAAAUUUUAGUUCAUAAUUUUAUCGAAUUCUUUUUCAAAAUAAAGGAGCCAUUUUAAGAGCUUAACAUAUUAAUAUUAUGAACUUUUUUUAGUUUAUAGUAUAAUUUCAAGUAUUAAAUUUAAAUAACUAGACUACUCAUUCAUUAAUUAUUAAUUUAAUAAUAAUUAAGUAUAGUUUAAUUAUAUUCAUGUCAUAGUAUAAUAAUAUAUAUUAAUAUAUAGAGUAUAGGCUUAUCUAAGUAAAGGACUAAAUUAUUUUUUAAAAUAGAUUUUUGGUUAUGCCUACUUUCAAUACUGCAUCUGCAUAUAUAAUUAAUAAUAAAAAUAAAGUGGUACAUAAAGUAAUCAAAAGCCUCCUCUGACAUUUCCCUACUAUGCACACAGAGCCAUUACCCCACCCUCUCUCAUAAUUCUAAUCUUUCCCUUUAACGUUAAGCCAUAUCUUACUCUUUUCCCCUUUCCCAGUCCCCUUCAUUAUCCUCAAAACAAUUUCCCCCCUCACAAUUUUCCCCUUUAAUUUCUCCCUCCCCUGACCACCAUCCCGCACAAUUACACCUUUACCCUCUUACCUUUUCCUCCCUUGAUUUCUUACAACUUUUCUCUCCUUACUCUCUAAAAUUACACUCCCCAUUGAUCCUCUCCUCUAACCUGACCCAUAUCUGUUUAACUCCUACUUUCUCCACCUAACAUUUCCCAGCAACCCUCAUCCUACUCUCUUUUUCAUGUUCUCCACCCUCAAACCCUGCCUGUUCCUCCUUAUCCUCUAUUUCUCUGUAUUACCCAUCAAACUCCCAAUGACAUCAGAUGCCAUGUUCUUUCAGUCUCUUUAUGGGCUACUCACCUACUCUCCCUAUUCUCCCCUAUAUUCCCCCAACUCACACACACACUAAAUCCUUUCAUGUAAAGAACAAAAAGUAAACUUUGAAAAACAUUAAGUUUUGAAAAAAAUUAUAGUUUACUCUCUUAUCUCUAUUAAAUACAAUUUGGGGGAAUUAGUCACUGUGGUGUUCUUUAACAAAAAUACUAGUACCUUCUUUUAUAAUAUGAAAUUGCAACAACAAAAAAUUAUGUAUGGUCAUUCACCCUUGCUCAAUUAUUUCAUUCUCAUCAUUUCCAGUUUUCCUUUUUUUUUUUGAAUCUCCUAAAAUAAUCUUUUAUUUGUCAUACUUUUUUUACCCAAAAUUUUGAUAAAAAUCAGUGACCUAUCCACUCCACAUCACAGGGAUCUGAAGUAGAUUGCGUAUCAGUAGACCAGGUGCAACCAUGGGCUCAAGCAUAAAUGAACAUGAAUUUUCCCCAGACAUUUUGUUUUUUUAUGCAAUUGCCCCUUCCAACUGCACUGCAUUACACAUCAAAUGAAACCACUUGAUCUGCACAGCUCAUAUUUAACAUAUAGCUUAUACAUGAUGAAUAACUAUGAUUUUCAAGUGAUUUUUGGACUGAAGCAAUUCCAAGUUUAAUUCAUUUAUACAAAAAGUCUGUGAAUCCUUUUCACCCUUGCUUGAGCAGACGGCAAUCAAUAAUUUUUGUUUAUUAAAGAUCACCUAGUUUAUGACAAUUCAUUUUUAGUUUUCAAGUUGUUAUAGAAACAUUUUUGUGAAAUCUGUUUACUAGAAAACAGAUAAUAUUUAACUAAUAUUAGUUAUAAUUGUGUAAAAAAAUGGACCAUGUAACUUCCCAGAUUAAAGUGGGACCUAUUUGCAAUUCAACUGCUAAUACCCACUUUGACAACCCAAAACUAAGGAUGUGACCUAUCCAAUAGUGCUACCUAUACGCUAGUACAAAUUAUAUUCUUUUUCCUUUUUGCCAUUUCUUCACAAAUUGAAUUCUUUAUUUCCUAAAUUCUUUUCAUUACAGUUAUUGAAAAUCUUCCUAUGGAAAUGAGGGAAAAGUUGACAGAAAUGAGAGAAAUGGAUUUACAAGUUUCCAGUUAGUGUUUUUCUAUCUUGAAAUGUGCUUGUCACUUAAUAUUGAAGAAAUAAUAAUACUUUUUUUACAAAAAGUCAAUUUGGAUUGAAAACAUCAUUUUGUUCAAAUACCGAAAGGUAAUAAAAAUGUAUAGUAAUUUGAUGAUAAAAAUUAUCACACGUAAAAACAUAACUUUUUGUAUCCUAAAUGAUUUUUCUAUUAAUGAUAUUUUUCCGUUGAUACUAUAAUCUGUACAUUUUUCUCAAACAGAUACUUUAGAUACUCUUGACGAAAAUGUGAAAACCUUCUUUAAGAAAUGCCAACAGCCAAAUAGUAAAAAAGAAUGGCGAGAAGAACAGUUUAAAAAAAUUAAAGAGGUUUGUAGUUACAGAACAUAUAUUAUGCUCUAAUAUGUUAAUGCUUGACAUCUGCUUAAACAAAACAAUUUCAUAAAACAAAAUGGUUGUGACAGUGAGUGUAAGUCUAAAUCAGUGAAUAAGCCUUUUGAUAUGUGAAUGUACACAAUUAUUUAAUUCUUUACAGGAAUAUUACAAAGCCUUAGAAGAUACAGAUGAAAAAGUUCAACUAGCAAACCAUAUAUAUGAGCUGGUAAUUACAUGGCAUAUACUAAAAUAGUUUACAUCUGAAACUUUUAAGAAACAACUUUUCAUAUUGUCAUUUAGUUAAUUAUUUUAACAUUUUUAAAGCAAUAGCUUAUUGUUCUUAUGUGCUUAAAAAUUAUUCCUAUUCCUAAAUAGGUUGAUAGACAUUCAAGAAGAUUAGACCAAGAGCUAUCAAAAUUUAAAAUGGAAUUGGAGGCUGAUAAUGCAGGAAUCACAGAAGUGUUGGAGAAAAGUAUGUGGUGGCCAUUUUGGUUUAACAAUUUGGGAAGUAACUUAUAGCAUAGAGGAAUAGAACGGUGUGUACAACACGAUGAGGCCUGCAUCUGGUUUAAUGGCCCUCAAAAGCUUCUGAAAUUGUUUAAAUUUGUGUAAAAAUAUUGAAAUGACUAGUUUACUUUCAUAUCUAUUCAAUCUUGUCACCAGGUAGACUAAGAUUAUGAAAGAAUUUAUGAAAGUAAAAAUAAUUGAAAAUGAACUGCUUUUUUUUUUUUUUAGAAAUGUUUACAUUACUGAUGCUCUUUAUGUAAUUUAAAAAAAGGCCUCUGACAGAAACUCACAAAACAUCUCCUGGUUAUUUUGAUAUCUUUUAUGUUUUAUGAAAGUAAAAAUAAUUGAAAAUGAACUGCUUUUUUUUUUUUUUAGAAAGGUUUACAUUACUGAUGCUCUUUAUGUAAUUUAAAAAAAGGCCUCUGACAGAAACUCACAAAACAUCUCCUGGUUAUUUUGAUAUCUUUUAUGACAAUAUUUUCUCGACCCCCACCAACUACCCGAACACAAAUUAAAUGUUAACAACUCUGAUGGAGGAAAUUAUUGUUUAUAAUGCAAAGGUUGACUUGACUUAUUCAUCAUUCAAACUGCUAACAUUUUCCAGCCCCAUAUUCUCCAGACUUAGUUAAGAGUGAGCUAAUCAUUCUUUUGUAAGUAGAGUGGAAACUGCAUUUCUCUGCUUGUUUUUAAAGAUUUUAGUAGUGCAUCUCCUGCUACGAUUUUCCUUUGAAAAUCAAUUCAGAUACAAUUCUACUGUUGCCAGUUCGGCCAUGAUGUCAAACCUGUGGUUGAGUCAUGGAAAUGGAUAAAAAGAUGUGUUAAAUUUAAACACUUAAACUGUUUGAUAGUUUAUCUUGCAGCCACCCAACACAAACUCAUUUGAAUGCUUAAAAUGUCUUUCCAGGAUCUUUAGAGCUUGACAAGCCACUUCCUAACUUCACAAAUCAUAAAUCUGAAAGUAAGUUGAGAUGAAAAUUAACGGCUAAUGUGAAGAGAUAGCACUCUGGUUCCAAUAGGGUCAAAACCCAUGUUAGGGAUAAGUUUAGGGUUCAGGUUAGGUUUAGGGAUAGAUUUAGGACAUAAGGUCGCGGGUCGCUGCAACGAAGGUAAAAAAACGCUGUGCUAUCUCUUCACAUUUACCAAAUUAACCACAUGUUAAAAUGAUCAACCGGAAACUUGAGCUCACGACAUUAACAUAUCAGUUAACGUUUCCAACAUUUAAGUUUUUUUUUGGUUAUCUAACAUUUUUUUUAAAUUUCUCAUAUUUCAUUCAUAAUUUCAAUCAAUAAGUAAAACUUGUAAUAACUUUGAUCUCAGAGAGACGACUGACACACACUCAGUCCUCAGUCACAAACCACACAGAAAAACGACCAGCAACAGAUGUCCUCUCAUCGCUUGCCAAUGAGGUGGUGAGGGAGUCUUUGGGUCCACGGAGGCCAAGUUCAUCUUCUAGCUCACCAGCCAUGACUAUGUUCAGUUCAGGUUCAGGGUCUGGAAUAUCCUACACUUUGGGCAAUAUUGGUGCAGGGAACCCAGCAAUAGCUGCAGCAGCUUCACAAGCUAUAGCAGCCACACAGCAGGUUGUUAAUUUACUCUGUAGCACAUAAGGGGGCUAAUUCUGAAUGACUUGGAAUAUGGAUAGCCAAGUUGCUGUGGUUCAAAGCAAUUAUUUGGAGACCUUUUUAUUAUAUGUCUUGAAAUAUUGAAUAUGGGGAGAUUUUUACUUAAGUUUGAGUCUUUUUAAGUGUGAGAUUUUUCAAUAUGUUGCAAUCCUUUUUGAAUUGGUAUUGUAAAAAGUAAACUAUGUAAUGUUAACUUAAUAUGUAGACUAUUUGUUGGCAUCAUGACUUUCUUUCUUUUUUUCAGUUAGCACAAGGUCGCCGAACAUCAAGUAUGAAAGCUAGUUAUGACUUAAUGACCAAAAAUCCACCUAAAGAAAUUAGUAUACCCCAAUCUGCAUCAGCACCAUCAACCCCUGAGCCCAGAUCACAGCGCACAAAAAAGUGAGUUGAGGAUUCAUGAGAUAUAUUUUACUAUUAUGACUCAUAUGUUCUCUUUCUAACCUCAAUUACAGAUAUUCAUUAAAAGUGCAUUUUAUCCACAAUGAUAUUUUUGUAACACACCUAUGAUAUCAAGUGUACACAAACAAACAAAUAUCUCUUUUUUUUUAAAUUUAUCUUAAGCUGAUGUCACUCAGUAACUAAAAUUCCGUUUCCAAUGCACCUUCAAGACAUUAGAUAUACAUCUAAUUUUGGUGCAUCUUGUUUACUUUGAAAUCUCCGUGGCCACUCAUAUCUGUGAUAUUCAUAAUUCUUGGAUCAAAAUGUGACCCAGAGUGGCCAUCUGCAUUCUCGUCCUCUGUCUUGCUGAUGCCUGCCACCCUACAUCUUCUGUAACAAGCUUUUCCAAUAAAUCUUUUUUAAACUCCUGCCUAGAUUUUUUUUAUAAAGUAUUACAUUUACAAACUUUCUAGACAAACAACCAAAGCUGCAGCUUUAGCAGCCCAACAACAGCAACAUACAACCACCGGAGCAAAUGCUUCUCAACCAUCAACACCGCAAGUUACAACAACAGAACCUGAAGAUCUGUCAACAGAUGUCCAAGUAGAGGAAUGGGGAGCAGAUCCAAAUGAGCCUAGAUACUGUCUUUGUAAUCAGGUGUCUUAUGGUGAAAUGGUUGGAUGUGAUAAUAAUGAUGUAAGUAAUUUUUCCCUUUGUUUAUAUUUUUUAUGUGCAACAGAUUUAGGUGUGGCCAAGGAGGCACUGGUUGUGGUGAGGGCAGAAAACUGUGAAAAUGUACCAAGCUCAACUUUUAUCAUUAUUAUAAUAAUUGAGAGCUUAUUCUGUAAACUGCCUAAUUUGAUAUUAUAAUGUAUUUGAGUAAAAAAUAACUCAAUAACUCUACAUAUUUCCUUAUUUAAAAUAAAGUAUGUUCCCAAUGGGAGUUAUGUCCUGUACUUUUGUGCAGCCAUUGCGCAGCAAUAAUAGGUUAGGUAGGAGUUUGUUAUUAAUGACUAUUUAAAAUUCAACCUUCCUAAUCAUUUUUUUAUUAGUACUGCAGCUCUAUAUUUUCAAAUGACAUCCAACUUUGGUUUUAUUUGAUAAUCAGUUGUAUUUGUUCACAGUGUCCUAUAGAGUGGUUUCAUUAUGGAUGUGUUGGUUUAUCUCAAGCCCCAAAGGGAAAAUGGUAUUGUCCUCAGUGUACAGCCGCAAUGAAGAGAAGAGGACGGCGAUGACAAGUGUUUGUGUGUGAAUGGGAAUAUAAGUGGAGCCUGGUGAUAUAAUGUGAAUAGAUUGGCUGGUGAAUAUGGACUUCUGAGUCAUGUCUUAUAGAUCAACUUGAGCUUUUGACUCUCCACAUUGAUAACUGUCAUUAACGUUAGUAAUAUACUCCGGGUCAGGGGUUUAGAAGCACUGGGUGGUACACAAAAAUAAAGGUAACUUUUAAUAUCUAUUAGGUAACCAUUUAUGUCCGUUCAAUAAGCUGAUUGAUUGGUCAGAAAAUAUAUAGGAG